AUGAAUGCAGCUAUGACAUCUGAAUAUGCUUUUAAAGUUGUUCCUAUCAUUACAAAAGAUGAAAUUACCGUGAUUGAGUUUUUGCUACAAUAUUUUAUCCGUGAUGAACCGCUGAAUGCAUCUGUGGAGUUAAUAAAAGAGAAAGACAUCGCUAAGAAUUUUAAAAAUUACAUAAUUGGAUUAUUCGAUAAUGGUGAGUGA